ACUUAACAUUCAUCAUUAAACCAUUUGAAGUAUUGAAAUGUCAUUAAAAAUGGUGUAAAUUUGUUUGUUUUUUGACGAAAUGAUCAGUAAAUUCUUGAUUACCAUAAUGCUUGGAUUAAAUAAUCAAAUAAAAUCAACUGAAAUCACAAUGACCAUAUUUGUUGUAUUGAUUAUGUUAUUUCACAGGAAUGUGAAUUCAUUUCCUAUUGAAAAUGAACUUUUUAAUCAACAUACUGAAAUGUUAUCCAAUAGAAACGGUAAGCAAUUCAAUGAUCAUAAUAAAUUAUUUAAUGAAAUUAUUCCUAAUAAUGUCAAUAGUAAUAAAGACAUUAUUUCGGUACCAAAGUUGAUUACAACGCAUACUGUUCUCAAUAACAGUGACGAAAGUAAUCAUACAUGGACAAAUGACAAUAUAAAGCAUAAUAACAGUUCUAAUCAAGAAAUCGAUGGCGCAGUUUUACAAAAACAACCAUCGUGUAUUGGCAAAGAAUGUUCCUCCAUCCUAGCAGUCAAUGAAAUAGAGGCUAAACAGGCUGAUACUAAAAUAGGAUCGGUUAUUACUACAGAAAUCAAUGAUAAAACAUUGUUGAGUAAGACUUUAUCUGAUAAUCCCCUAUCAACUAUAGACUCUUCUCAAUUUGGAACUUAUGUAACUAGUAAUUUGAAAAAUUUACAUUCAUCAGAGAACAAAAGCAAUGAAUUAUCUACAAGUUUAUUGACUAAAGCAUACGAUAAUCGUUCAUCAAACAAUCUCUUCAAAAAGAAGUAUAAUACGAGUAAUUUAAAUGAUCGGCCAAAUAUCUCUAUGCAUCAUUUGAAUGAUAGUUAUGCUUUGAAAAUGGCUAAUAUCAUGGAAAACAAUAUCGUGAGUUCAGUUAAAGAAGGAUUGGAAGAGUUGGAUAUAAAAGGUAAUAAGGAAAAGAUUUAUAAAAAUGAUAAACCUUUAUCAAUAUACCAUGAUUUAUUACAUGUUCACGGAAAAAGUCUUAGAGAAAGGUUUGAUUUAGGAGCAACUAAUGACAACUUAGUAAAUGACCAUGAACUAGAAGUACCAAAGAUUGAAUUAGCGGCGAUGAACAGGUUACCGACUAAAGGUACAAUACAAAAUAAAUACGCGAAAAACACAUCUUCAAAUGCUGUUGAUUCGAUGAAGGUAUUUAACGAUCAACCAAAUACAGGAUACAGUGAGGAGGUUGAACAACUGAAUGACCUAAAUUAUAUAGUGAAAAACGGGCAAAUUGGGAAUAAACUAGAAAACAUACGGAGAAAAAAACGAUGGACAAGAAAAACAAAUGCGAACGAAAACCUAAGAAAGCAGACAGAAAAAUUAAAAAAUCGAACGACAGAAACACAUCACAAUCAUCAGGAUAGUGAAUAUAGAUUAGGGAAAGAUGAGGUCAAAAGGUUAAGACGAGAAGUAAAUACAAACACAGCUGAAGAAGAAAUUAUAAAAGUAAAAGAAGAAACGGGGUUAGAAGGGUCAGAAACCGAAAACAAUGAACACGAUAAAACAACAAACGGGAAAAAGCAAAACGAACACCAAGGAAGAACAAGAAUGCUGUCAAGGUAUGCUAAAUGGGAGGAGGAUUAUCCAAAGAACGACGAAGACAGAACUGCGAAUGCUCCUCCUACUGCAGAUGUGACAGUGCCUGCAGACUCGAGUCCUGAAUCUCCAGUGUCCGACGAUGUGACGACUGCCACUCCUCCUCCGACUGCAGAUGUGACAGUGCCUGCAGACUCGAUUCCCGAAUCUCCAGUGUCCGACGAUGUGACGACUGCCACUCCUCCUCCGACUGCAGAUGUGAUAGUGCCUGCAGACUCGAUUCCCGAAUCUCCAGUGUCCGACGAUGUGACGACUGCCACUCCUCCUCCGACUGCAGAUGUGACAGUGCCUGCAGAUUCGAGUCCUGAAUCUCCAGUGUCCGACGAUGUGACGACUGCCACUCCUCCUCCGACUGCAGAUGUGACAGUGCCUGCAGACUCGAGUCCUGAAUCUCCAGUGUCCGACGAUGUGACGACUGCCACUCCUCCUCCGACUGCAGAUGUGACAUGCCUGCAGACUCGAGUCCUGAAUCUCCAGUCAGAUGUGACAGUGCCUGCAGACUCGAGUCCUGAAUCUCCAGUGUCCGACGAUGUGACGACUGCCACUCCUCCUCCGACUGCAGAUGUGACAGUGCCUGCAGACUCGAGUCCUGAAUCUCCAGUGUCCGACGAUGUGACGACUGCCACUCCUCCUCCGACUGCAGAUGUGACAGUGCCUGCAGACUCGAGUCCUGAAUCUCCAGUGUCCGACGAUGUGACGACUGCCACUCCUCCUCCGACUGCAGAUGUGACAGUGCCUGCAGACUCGAGUCCUGAAUCUCCAGUGUCCGACGAUGUGACGACUGCCACUCCUGCUCCGACUGCAGAUGUGACAGUGCCUGCAGACUCGAGUCCUGAAUCUCCAGUGUCCGACGAUGUGACGACUGCCACUCCUCCUCCGACUGCAGAUGUGACAGUGCCUGCAGACUCGAGUCCUGAAUCUCCAGUGUCCGACGAUGUGACGACUGCCACUCCUCCUCCGACUGCAGAUGUGACAGUGCCUGCAGACUCGAGUCCUGAAUCUCCAGUGUCCGACGAUGUGACGACUGCCACUCCUCCUCCGACUGCAGAUGUGACAGUGCCUGCAGACUCGAGUCCUGAAUCUCCAGUGUCCGACGAUGUGACGACUGCCACUCCUGCUCCGACUGCAGAUGUGACAGUGCCUGCAGACUCGAGUCCUGAAUCUCCAGUGUCCGACGAUGUGACGACUGCCACUCCUCCUCCGACUGCAGAUGUGACAGUGCCUGCAGACUCGAGUCCUGAAUCUCCAGUGUCCGACGAUGUGACGACUGCCACUCCUCCUCCGACUGCAGAUGUGACAGUGCCUGCAGACUCGAGUCCUGAAUCUCCAGUGUCCGACGAUGUGACGACUGCCACUCCUCCUCCGACUGCAGAUGUGACAGUGCCUGCAGACUCGAAUGUGACAGUGCCUGCAGACUCGAGUCCUGAAUCUCCAGUGUCCGACGAUGUGACGACUGCCACUCCUGCUCCGACUGCAGAUGUGACAGUGCCUGCAGACUCGAGUCCUGAAUCUCCAGUGUCCGACGAUGUGACGACUGCCACUCCUCCUCCGACUGCAGAUGUGACAGUGCCUGCAGACUCGAGUCCUGAAUCUCCAGUGUCCGACGAUGUGACGACUGCCACUCCUCCUCCGACUGCAGAUGUGACAGUGCCUGCAGACUCGAGUCCUGAAUCUCCAGUGUCCGACGAUGUGACGACUGCCACUCCUCCUCCGACUGCAGAUGUGACAGUGCCUGCAGACUCGAGUCCUGAAUCUCCAGUGUCCGACGAUGUGACGACUGCCACUCCUCCUCCGACUGCAGAUGUGACAGUGCCUGCAGACUCGAGUCCUGAAUCUCCAGUGUCCGACGAUGUGACGACUGCCACUCCUCCUCCGACUGCAGAUGUGACAGUGCCUGCAGACUCGAGUCCUGAAUCUCCAGUGUCCGACGAUGUGACGACUGCCACUCCUCCUCCGACUGCAGAUGUGACAGUGCCUGCAGACUCGAGUCCUGAAUCUCCAGUGUCCGACGAUGUGACGACUGCCACUCCUCCUCCGACUGCAGAUGUGACAGUGCCUGCAGACUCGAGUCCUGAAUCUCCAGUGUCCGACGAUGUGACGACUGCCACUCCUCCUCCGACUGCAGAUGUGACAGUGCCUGCAGACUCGAGUCCUGAAUCUCCAGUGUCCGACGAUGUGACGACUGCCACUCCUCCUCCGACUGCAGAUGUGACAGUGCCUGCAGACUCGAGUCCUGAAUCUCCAGUGUCCGACGAUGUGACGACUGCCACUCCUCCUCCGACUGCAGAUGUGACAGUGCCUGCAGACUCGAGUCCUGAAUCUCCAGUGUCCGACGAUGUGACGACUGCCACUCCUCCUCCGACUGCAGAUGUGACAGUGCCUGCAGACUCGAGUCCUGAAUCUCCAGUGUCCGACGAUGUGACGACUGCCACUCCUCCUCCGACUGCAGAUGUGACAGUGCCUGCAGACUCGAGUCCUGAAUCUCCAGUGUCCGACGAUGUGACGACUGCCACUCCUCCUCCGACUGCAGAUGUGACAGUGCCUGCAGACUCGAGUCCUGAAUCUCCAGUGUCCGACGAUGUGACGACUGCCACUCCUCCUCCGACUGCAGAUGUGACAGUGCCUGCAGACUCGAGUCCUGAAUCUCCAGUGUCCGACGAUGUGACGACUGCCACUCCUCCUCCGACUGCAGAUGUGACAGUGCCUGCAGACUCGAGUCCUGAAUCUCCAGUGUCCGACGAUGUGACGACUGCCACUCCUCCUCCGACUGCAGAUGUGACAGUGCCUGCAGACUCGAGUCCUGAAUCUCCAGUGUCCGACGAUGUGACGACUGCCACUCCUCCUCCGACUGCAGAUGUGACAGUGCCUGCAGACUCGAGUCCUGAAUCUCCAGUGUCCGACGAUGUGACGACUGCCACUCCUCCUCCGACUGCAGAUGUGACAGUGCCUGCAGACUCGAGUCCUGAAUCUCCAGUGUCCGACGAUGUGACGACUGCCACUCCUCCUCCGACUGCAGAUGUGACAGUGCCUGCAGACUCGAGUCCUGAAUCUCCAGUGUCCGACGAUGUGACGACUGCCACUCCUCCUCCGACUGCAGAUGUGACAGUGCCUGCAGACUCGAGUCCUGAAUCUCCAGUGUCCGACGAUGUGACGACUGCCACUCCUCCUCCGACUGCAGAUGUGACAGUGCCUGCAGACUCGAUUCCUGAAUCUCCAGUGUCCGACGAUGUGACGACUGCCACUCCUCCUCCGACUGCAGAUGUGACAGUGCCUGCAGACUCGAGUCCUGAAUCUCCAGUGUCCGACGAUGUGACGACUGCCACUCCUCCUCCGACUGCAGAUGUGACAGUGCCUGCAGACUCGAGUCCUGAAUCUCCAGUGUCCGACGAUGUGACGACUGCCACUCCUCCUCCGACUGCAGAUGUGACAGUGCCUGCAGACUCGAGUCCUGAAUCUCCAGUGUCCGACGAUGUGACGACUGCCACUCCUCCUCCGACUGCAGAUGUGACAGUGCCUGCAGACUCGAGUCCUGAAUCUCCAGUGUCCGACGAUGUGACGACUGCCACUCCUCCUCCGACUGCAGAUGUGACAGUGCCUGCAGACUCGAGUCCUGAAUCUCCAGUGUCCGACGAUGUGACGACUGCCACUCCUCCUCCGACUGCAGAUGUGACAGUGCCUGCAGACUCGAGUCCUGAAUCUCCAGUGUCCGACGAUGUGACGACUGCCACUCCUCCUCCGACUGCAGAUGUGACAGUGCCUGCAGACUCGAGUCCUGAAUCUCCAGUGUCCGACGAUGUGACGACUGCCACUCCUGCUCCGACUGCAGAUGUGACAGUGCCUGCAGACUCGAGUCCUGAAUCUCCAGUGUCCGACGAUGUGACGACUGCCACUCCUCCUCCGACUGCAGAUGUGACAGUGCCUGCAGACUCGAUUCCCGAAUCUCCAGUGUCCGACGAUGUGACGACUGCCACUCCUCCUCCGACUGCAGAUGUGACAGUGCCUGCAGACUCGAGUCCUGAAUCUCCAGUGUCCGACGAUGUGACGACUGCCACUCCUCCUCCGACUGCAGAUGUGACAGUGCCUGCAGACUCGAUUCCUGAAUCUCCAGUGUCCGACGAUGUGACGACUGCCACUCCUGCUCCGACUGCAGAUGUGACAGUGCCUGCAGACUCGAGUCCUGAAUCUCCAGUGUCCGACGAUGUGACGACUGCCACUCCUCCUCCGACUGCAGAUGUGACAGUGCCUGCAGACUCGAGUCCUGAAUCUCCAGUGUCCGACGAUGUGACGACUGCCACUCCUCCUCCGACUGCAGAUGUGACAGUGCCUGCAGACUCGAGUCCUGAAUCUCCAGUGUCCGACGAUGUGACGACUGCCACUCCUCCUCCGACUGCAGAUGUGACAGUGCCUGCAGACUCGAGUCCUGAAUCUCCAGUGUCCGACGAUGUGACGACUGCCACUCCUCCUCCGACUGCAGAUGUGACAGUGCCUGCAGACUCGAGUCCUGAAUCUCCAGUGUCCGACGAUGUGACGACUGCCACUCCUGCCUCCGACUGCAGAUUGUCCGACGAUGUGACGACUGCCACUCCUCCUCCGACUGCAGAUGUGACAGUGCCUGCAGACUCGAGUCCUGAAUCUCCAGUGUCCGACGAUGUGACGACUGCCACUCCUCCUCCGACUGCAGAUGUGACAGUGCCUGCAGACUCGAUUCCCGAAUCUCCAGUGUCCGACGAUGUGACGACUGCCACUCCUCCUCCGACUGCAGAUGUGACAGUGCCUGCAGACUCGAUUCCCGAAUCUCCAGUGUCCGACGAUGUGACGACUGCCACUCCUGCUCCGACUGCAGAUGUGACAGUGCCUGCAGACUCGAGUCCUGAAUCUCCAGUGUCCGACGAUGUGACGACUGCCACUCCUGCUCCGACUGCAGAUGUGACAGUGCCUGCAGACUCGAGUCCUGAAUCUCCAGUGUCCGACGAUGUGACGACUGCCACUCCUCCUCCGACUGCAGAUGUGACAGUGCCUGCAGACUCGAGUCCUGAAUCUCCAGUGUCCGACGAUGUGACGACUGCCACUCCUCCUCCGACUGCAGAUGUGACAGUGCCUGCAGACUCGAGUCCUGAAUCUCCAGUGUCCGACGAUUUGACGACUGCCACUCCUCCUCCGACUGCAGAUGUGACAGUGCCUGCAGACUCGAUUCCCGAAUCUCCAGUGUCCGACGAUGUGACGACUGCCACUCCUCCUCCGACUGCAGAUAUGACAGUGCCUGCAGACUCGAUUCCCGAAUCUCCAGUGUCCGACGAUGUGACGACUGCCACUCCUCCUCCGACUGCAGAUAUGACAGUGGCUGAAGCCUCGAGCUCGAUUUCUACUUCGCCUGAUUUCAUGAUGACUGCUGCUUCUUUCUCUUCUUAUUCGACUCCUAAUAUUUAUGUUUCUUCUGUACACUCUCCUUUUUCUUCAGUCGGGCCUGAAUCUUCCACUAUGAAUACUUCUCCGACUUUACAAGUUCCCAUUGAUCCAUACCGUAGUAUUUCUAAAGAUUUUGUUAGUCAUGAACAGACGGAUGAAGUGUUAUCGCAGAAGUUUCCUGUUACAACAGUUCGUACAGCUUUUUCUACAAAUGAGUACCAUAUAUCAAAUCGAAAUCCAAUGGAUGGAAUCAUAAAGUUUGUGAACAAUGAAAAUCUGGACAUUGAUAAUGAAUUGUCUGUACAUAAAUUUUCAACUACCACAUCAAGCGACAGAAAUAUCAAUAUCCUUAUAAGUGGGCUUAAUAUUCCUGACGGUAAUAAGCUUGAAUUUAAACAUGGUUUAACAAUGGGUUUCAUUUUUUUGUGUAGUUUGGUCAUUAUGUUAGUUCUGUCCACAAUUCUAUUUCUCAUCUGGAUUCGUCAUCGACGUAGCAAGUAUUCUGGCAGUAUAACCUUUACACAUGUUGAAGAAAGCGAUAAUAGUGAACAAAAUCCUUCAUUCAACAGAAAUAAGUCUCAGUCUAGAAAUAUUAAGCACGGUUCUUUCACAGAUGUUGAACGAAUAGUUAAUGAAAGCAAAACUAUUACACCUAAAAAUUCAACCAAAAGACCUGCAAUACAGAAACGUAUUGAUCUACGGAGAAAACAACAUGAAAGAGCUAGAAUAUUAGCUCAUGAAGCUUUACUAUCUACUGGUGAUUGUUCUUCAUGUGAUUGUGGCUUCACUCUUAGAUCUUCCAGCCCUGAACGUCUCUGUUUAACUUCAAAUCCAGAUAAUAAUAUUGUGCUAAUUGGUGCACGGCGUAGACAAAGCGGUGAUAUUGGUGAUAGAAGAGAACAAUCAAAUAAAAAUAGAAUUAAUACUACUGAGCAUACAAAUGAUACAGAAGAGGAAUUCCCAGUGAUAUCUUCCAUAGAUGCGACCAAUUCCAUUGACAAUAAUGAAACUACAUGUCCUUAUCAAGAUAUGAGUAUAGAGAAAAAACCCAGUAUCAAUUCAAAGGCAUGGAAGUAUAUCGAUGAGAAUUAG